AUGGGUCCAACAUGCGCGGGUGUAGAAAAUGCAACGAUGACAGAAGAUAAUGCAGCACUCAUACUGGAUUUGAUCAACAGUAUAAGAAGCAGAGCAGCUCGUGGUCUGGCCAUGGGCUAUGAGAAUGAAUUACUCCCAAGAGGCUAUGGAAUGUACAGAGUCGAAUGGGAUCCAGAAUUGGCCACAUUGGCUCAAGUGUGGGCUAAUACAUGUGUUUUAGAACGAGACAAUUGUCGAGCAACCAAAAAAUUCCCUGAUCCCGGACAACAGGCUUCAAUAGCUCGAUUUGUAACAGACAAAUGGAUACCAAUAAGUAAAACGAAAGAUAAAACUUAUAAUGAAUCAUCUGGAUUUAACUCACACAAAGUUAUAUAUGGUAUCAAAUCAUGCAUAAGGUCGUGGUAUAACACACACGAAGAAAUCGAUUCCGAGAUAAUAAAAGACAAAGCUGGAAAUUGGAAUUACGAAUUACUAAGAAAUCCUUACCUUCAAAUUGUUACCGGUCCACUAACACAUAUGGGUUGCGGCACCUCGGCUUUCACAGAAUAUCGAUAUUUAACAGAAACAACAUACCUUCUCUAUAAUGUAAUCCGUCUAGUAUGCAAUUUUUCUUCAAGAGUCUACGAUGAUCGUGGUAUAUAUAACGUCACUCCUCCAACCACACCGGAGUUCACUUCUCAGUGUGGCUGUCCGCCAGGAUAUGACGAAGAUUCCUGGUGUUUGUGCUUCAAAAGCGAAAAGAAUAAAACAAAACCUUGUCCAAUUCAUCAUAAUCAGAAGAAAACUUAUCUAGCGGUUGUUCCAAUAUUCACUGUUGAAGAUUAUCCCGGACCAUACAAGAGAUCAAGAACUAAUAAAACGAAGAAUCUGUCAUUAAAGAAAAUUGUACAUCAGCACACGAAAAGUAGGGCUGUCGCUAGCAAAGGUGUUGAUUUACUUUUAGACAGAUUAUACAGAAGUGAUGAAAAACGUCAAAAGCAAACCCAAUUACAUUAUAAUAAUGAAUACGAAAAAGAAAGCAUCGAGAAAGACAAAGCUGAAUUCCCAAUUUUCUUGAGAAGAAGAAAUAAAAAGAAGCAUCACAGCAAUAACAAUAACGAUCUACUACCAAAAAGUUCUAGAAAGAAUGAGAAAAGAAAAAAGAUAAACUAA